AUGAAUGAUGUCGAACUACCGCAAACCAACUAUGGCGUUUACCAAUUCUUCCACGUCGUCCCCUGCUGGUCCUUCGUUGCCGUCAAUCCACCACGAAUCGUUCGGCAGUGUGUCAGCGCCAGCCCCAUGCGACCGAUGACGGACGUCAGAGAGGCGCCGCCGAGUGCCUGGACCAGUCGCAAACACACACACGCGAUACGUCGACACCGCCGUCAGUCACAUAAUGGAUGCGGGAACGUGAGCGCCCUCACGCGCUCCUCAGGUGUCGCUCACAAUGUCGUCGUUGUCGUUGUCGAUGUCGAGGACGACUACAACGAGGUCGUAGCUACAACUCGUGAAUUACUUGUUAUGGAAGAAAUCGCCAUUUCCCAUGCAAAAACAAAACCUGCUAAGGUGAGGGUGUACUAA